AAAUUCACUUUCAUUUCUAUCAUCGGCAUUUUCAAAUCCCCACACAUGGCAACUCUAUCAUCGGCAUUUUCAUGCCGAUUAGGUAAUUCUCACAAAAAUGUCCUCAACAAAAAUGUAUUUGUCCCACCAAAUCAUAAACCUUACAGAAGGCAUAAAUCAAAACGCUUGUUAUUAGUUACAGCCGAGCAAUCCUCAUUUUUGAAGAAUUUGAGCUGGGGUUUCGGAAAGAAGAGCGAGGACGAGGAUGCAAAACCAGUUGUAAAGGAAUCAUCAUCAAUAGUGUUGAGUAACAAAACAAAUCCUUUCGGUCUGGGUAAAUUAAGGCAACAAGAACCCAAAACAGUGUUUGUAGCAGGUGCGACAGGUCAGUUUGGUGCCAGGAUCUCACAAAUGCUGCUGCGUCAAGGUUUUACUGUGCGAGCUGGUGUUACAGACCUCUCAUUUGCUCAAGACUUGGCACAAUUUGCAAUCCAAUAUAAGAUAAUUGGUGCAGGGGAUGCCAAACGUCUGAAUGCAGUGGAGUUUGAUAUCAAAGAUGCAGAAUCCACUGCUAAAGCUAUAGGAAAUGCCAGCAAAGCAGUGGUAUCCAUAGGACCCACAGAGAAUGGUCCUAGUUCUCAAGUUACCACAAGUGAUGCUUUCUACAUUAUUGAAGCAGCCAAGAUAGCAAAUGUGAAGCAUGUGGUUGUUGUUUAUGAGUCUCAAGGCGUAUCUCCAAAUGUUCUUGACGGAAUCUCUUCAUUUUUCACUAAUAUUUUUGGAAAGUCAGAAAUUUCAUUACCAGAACUCAUAGACAAAAUUGUGGAAAUGAAUAUGAGUUACACAAUUCUGAAGGCCAGUUCUGUAGAUGAAUUUGCUUCAAACAACGAUAACAACCUUGUUCUGAAGACAGAAGGAAAAGAAGACAUAAAAGACAAAGUGUCAAGGACUCAAGUGGCAUGUGUUGUUUCUGAGGUUCUUUCAAACACCUCUGUCUCAGAGAAUAAGACUUUUGAAGUUGCAGCAAGCCCAUCUGCACCAUUGAAGCCAAUUGGUGAACUUUUGAGUGCCAUUCCAACAGAUGGACGAAAAGAAGCUUAUGUAGAGGCCCAAGCAAGGGCCAAAGCUGAAGAAGAUGCUCGAAUUGCUGCAGAAAAUGAACGCCAAGCAAAGGAGCUUGUUAGCCAGCUGGAAGCAGAAGCAAAAAGGCUUGCAGGACAAGAAGCUAAAGCCACUCAACUUGCUGACCAAGUCAAGACAGUGGCUGGAACUGCAUCAAUUGAUUAUUUUGUAGGAAAAGCUAAAGAAUUUGGUAUAGAUUUGUUUGGAAAUAAAACGGGAACUCAAGUCAUAAAAUCUUCCGAUUCUCAGCCUCAAAAGAAUUUUGGAACUUUACUUUCCACAGUGAAAGGCAAGGUAAAGUCAGCAAAAUCUGAAAGUUUUGACGUUCAGGCUGUCACUGUGGAGGGGGAAGAAAAAUCUGCAGCCUUGAAGCAGGAUGGAGUUGUGGCAGUUUCCCAACCACAAGUAAACAAGUUCCUGGGAGGCUUGUUUAAGCAAGAAACUAUAUAUGUGGAUGAUGAUUAAUUAGUUUUACCAACCUUUUCGUUCUUUGUAUCUGUUUAUAAAAGAUAUCCAAUUGACAUAAUUUGUAGGUUGCCCAAUUCCAGUAUAUAUUUUUUGGUGCAAAAUUACUGGUCAGAAACAUUAUCUAAAUUGCAUCACUGUUCAACUUGUUUGAUUUGAA